GGAACUACCGUUUGAUUCGAUAAAAAAAAACGACUCACACAAAACGGACGAAGUUUGAAGUUAAUAGUUGAUCGUUGGUUGUUGCCGGUGAAACAAUUGCGACUUGUUGCUCGCCCAUCCUUCACAGCGUCCCGUCUUCAAGAUGAACUACACAAAGAAAAAACAAGCGCAGCUGUACGAAACAAAAGACUACUCGGAUUGCACGUUUAUUUUUCCAUCAACGAAUGUGAAAAUCAAAGCGCAUAAAUUUUUACUGAUGUUGAAUAGUCCUGUGUUUGAGAGUAUGCUCUUUAGUGAUAUGGCGCAAUCCGAGAUUUUAAUCGAAGAUAUCGAGCCGGCUAUAUUUGAAAAGUUUUUAAAAUACAUCUAUACCACUGGAAUUCAGUUGGAAAACAUGGCGGAGGCCUGGAAUUUAUUCUACGUAAGCCAGAAAUACUUCCUACCGGAUUUGAAGAACGAAUGUUUACAAUUUAUCAAAACAAAUUUGACAAUAUCAAAUUUAUUGAUGUGCUACGAAUAUUCAACGCUUUAUGGCCAAGACAAACUCUCACAGGAAUGCUUAGAUGACAUUUGGUGUUUCGGCAAGGGUUUAUUACUAUGCGGGAAUGAUUACCAUCCACAAUUGCCAACCCUGCGAACGAUUGCUCAAAAUGACACACUUGAAGCUUCGCUCAUGAUAGUCAACUGGGCUUUGACUGAAUUGGAUGAAGCGACAUCUAGUGACACCAAUAAUAACACCGUAUCCAACAUAAUCAAGGAGAAUAAGUUGUUUUUAUCGAAACACUUUGUUGAUCCAAGAUUGUAUAAAGCCCUGUCAGCCGAACAACAAGAUGUCGUUGAGGUGUACAAUGAGUUGACUACACAUUCAUUGCAAAUUGCAAAGCCGCAAUCGCUGCAACCAAACAAGCAUCACUUUAAGUUUAAGGUUAGACCUGAAUUUAAAAACGCCUACAGAUUAGCACUACGUGGAACCAACGAGACUUUAACUUCUAAGAUUUGUUGUACAUGCGAUUGUUUGAUAUUUGGAGUAUCAAUCACGACCAAAUCCAAACCAGAACAAGUCUCCGAUUUGGAUUACAUGGGUGGCGCUAGUGUCUGCGUUUAUCUGAAGGAUAACGAAACUCUUUCAAAUUUAAUAUUUAAACAACCAGGAAGAUAUUCGUAUGUGAAUUAUGAUGAUGUGCAGAAUAUCGUCUUUGAUGUUCCUAUAUUAUGUAAAGCAUACGUAUCGUACAUGAUUUGCGUUGAGUACAUCGCGCAGACGCAUGGAGAAUCCAUUUUGUUGACUUACAUGGGCGAUAAAUUAAGCAACGCGGGAAAUAAGUCCAAGUCUGUGAUAUGUUUUGGUGAUGAGCCUAAUGGGAGCGUCGUCAAAGGUCUUUGCUUCUAUGAAGUUUAACUAAUUACCUUAUAUCUUAUCACAAAGUAAAGUAAAAACUAAAAACAAAAACAUACAAAUGUCGAACAAAUACACAACCAUGACUGGUAUUGUCAUCGCACAAAUACUUCGCUUUGAAAUAAAAUGUAUUAUAAAUAAUAAUAAUAAUUACACAAAUAAUUAUACUUUAAAAUAAAAUUAUUUAAAUUAA